AUGGACACUCCGACGCGCGGCGGUGUGGUCCUACUGCUUGGUGCGCCGGGUGUGGGCAAGUCAACCCUCGGCCGCUACCUGCAACACCGCCAUCCCACAACAACCCGCUUCCUGUCCGUGGGGGACGAGCUCCGUGCCAAGGGGCUUGUGGGCGCCCGGCAGAGGCCCGGGGCGGAGGUACAGCGGGAGGUACGGCGGCUGGCGAGGGAGCUGCUGCAGCGGGAAAUCGCCGAGUGGGCUGCGGCCAGCAACGCCAGGCCUGGUCCCUCCACUGCUCCUCAUCGCGCGGCAGCACCGAUAUUGGUCCUGGAGGCCGUUAAAGAGGUGGAGGACGCGUUCACUGUGGUGAAGCUACUGCGGGAGGCUGACGUGCCGCUGUUACAGGCGCUGUACCUGCCCGGGUGCAUAGUAGGCAACAAUACCCUGUGCAGCUUCAUGGCCCGCUCCGCCAGGAAAAAGCAAUGCUCCGCCCAGCGAGACAAGGAGCGGUGUGUGGCGGAGCGGCAGGGCAAGUGGGUCGCCAACGCGGGCCGCGUCAUCGAGUUCUUCUCCGCCCUGGGUGUCCUCACGGAGGUAUCCAGCCCUGGGUACGGCAACACCGGGCUAGCAGAGCUGGGCUACAGGGCUGGACCCACAUAUGCCGGCAAGGACGACCCCAGCGACGGCGCCAACAGUCCAGGCCACUCGGUAAGGCAACGAGGCACGGAUUUCCUCCGAGCCAGUCUUACAGCAGCCUGUACCGCUGCAGAGCCCCCCGAGUGGCUGCGGGUCACAGGUUGGCAGCUACCGUGGGAUCUGGAAGUCACCCCCCUGGAGUGCGUCACCUCGCGGCGACUGGUCACCAGUGCAGAGGAGCGGAACUGGGUGCUAGCAGAGGCGAGGUCCGUGUCUGGAGGACUGCGUGUUUUUGACAGCGACUUUCGCGAUGGUGAUAAGGUCUUCAGUGCACCGUCGUUGUCGGUGCCGACAGCCUCCGUGUCCACAGCCGAGGAUGUGCGGGUUGCUGCUGCUGCUGCUCCAGGCGCAGCCAGCACACGUUCCCCAUCGUUGCAGUCGCCUGGCCCAGCUUUACUGCCCGGAUCAGUGCUGGAUGGUGAGCUUGUGUGGCUGGGCGGUCGCGGCUUCUUCCUGGCCUUUGAUGCGCUAUGUGUGGGCGGUGAGCCGCUGUGGCAGCUGCCGCUGAGGGAGCGGCUGGCAGCCCUGGAGCAGCGGUUGGGGCUGACGGAGGCCGAGGAGUCGUUGGCGUUACAGCAGGCAGCUGCAGCUGCAGCCAGUACUGCAGCUGCUGCUACCGCUUUAAAUGCUGCAGCCAUCGCAACUGCUACAGCUAAAUCGCGAUCCUACUUAGCCAGCGCGGCCGCCAUCGACAGCGGAAACCCACCGCGACUCCUGCUCAAGAAGCAGCAAGCCGCGCCGCUAGGCUCUGACACGCUAACCAUCCUUCGUAAGCGCCACGUACCGGUGUCGUACGAAGCCUUGCGGGAUCUGGGCCGCGGUAGCACCUGUCCAUACCCGACCGACGGUCUGGUUUUCACACCAUACAGCAUGCCGUACGUGCUCGGCAUGGCCGAGCUGCUGUACAAGUGGCAGCCCCAGGGCAGUGUUGCCGUCGACAUAAUCGGCAGUGACCUAUCUAUGGAAAACCUGGCAUGGCGCGGCUGCAAGGAGUUGGUUUACGAGUGCUUAUGGCAGCAAAGACCUGAGCGCGAUCGCGUCAGCCGGUUAAUCAUGCCAGUGUCUGUCCGCUGGGACAAGGUGUACGGCAACUCCCAGCGGGCAAUCGAGGCUCUAAAGGCGGGCUCGGGGGACCUAUCCCUGGCCUCGCUUCUUACGCACCUUCACGAGGAACGGGGGCUGUACGACAGGGUGAUGGCGGCUGUGACAUCGGGGUGUGUAGAGCGCACUGUGGAGCCAGAGAGCGGCCUGGAGAUCUUUAACUACCGGUCGGGUGCGGUCCUGGGCUCCGUGGAGGCCAUGUGCCGAGGACUUGUGCUGCACCCCCCCUCGAACACAGUGGUGGCUGCUCCCUUCGUCAAAUUUUCUGAAGUGCCGCCCCUGCACUUGCGCGGGGUUGCGGUGCAUAGCCAGGCCGGGGUAACGGAGGCUCAUCCCAGGCCCCGGCCGGAUUACUGGCGGCGGGCCUAUAGAGAGCGGUUGCGGUUGCCUGCACGGACGUUACUGCCGUACGGGUAUAACCUGGCAGGGCUGGAUGGCUGGGGCCAGGAGCCCAUGGUCGCGCAGGUCAAGGUGGAUGGGUCGCUGGUUCUGGCAUUUAAGUGGGCCGGCCAGCUGCGUACGGCAACUCGGCGUCGAAUGGAUUCGGAGCAGGCUCUCUGGGCGGCGGAGUGGCUGCAAACCCAUGCUGACCCCGCUGCCUUCAAGCCAGGCUGGACGUACAUGCUAGAGGCGGUGUACGGCAACAACACGGUCAUAGUGCCGUACACCUUUGAUGGCCUGGUGUUGCUGGGAGCCACUGACCCGCGGGGCGCUGAGGUCCCCCUGGCAGAGCUGCCCCGACUGGCGGCAGAGCUACGGGUCACGACAGCAGUGCCGUACAUCACCGGUCCGCUUUCCCAGCUGCUCACAAAUCUACCCGGUUUAAGGCCUCACGACCAGGGCACGGCCACGUACAACAGUGGUGACACGCCGCCACCGGCACCGGCCUUCGAGGGCUGGAUCAUCGCCACGGCGGACGGGGGAACUCCACGGCAGAAGCUCGUCCAGCUGUCGUACAAGCGGGCCUGCCUAGCUGGGAAGCUGCUUCAUCCGCUUUCUGUGUGGGACCUUAUUCGCAACGGAGGGGCCAGCCGUAAGUCCCUCUUCCUGGGCCUGCCAGUACAUUUUCAGAGGGAGCUGGCAGCGAUACUGGAGGCGCUGGAGGCCGGCUACCAGCGCGCAAGAAAUCAGCUGCUGCUGCUGCUGGAACGACACCGGGGGCCGCAGCAGGGACAACCACAGCGGCAGGAGCCGCCGCCGCCGCCGCACCGAGCCCAAGGCGCAAGCAGGUCUCAGGGAACAAAGUUCUCAGGAAAUGGCGGCAGGCCACGCGGCAUGGAAUCCGCAUCAGCAACUGGCACGGCUGCAGGGACGCGGGCGCUGCCGGCUGCACUGUACGACAGGGUGAUGGCGGCUGUGACAUCGGGGUGUGUAGAGCGCACUGUGGAGCCAGAGAGCGGCCUGGAGAUCUUUAACUACCG